AUGCACUUUACGCAUGAGGACCUCCUCCUAGGUCUCAGCCGCCUAGAGCCAUCCAAAGCUCUGCCAUCAGCAUUCAUGCCGGCCCGCCUCUGGAAGCUGAUACCCGAGCAGGUUGUCAGCAUGCUCCUUCCGUGCAUGAAUCUCGAGGCCUCCAGCGAGGCAGAGUGGCACAAGGCAGGUGCAGCACAAGGUGGCAAGGUGCGAAGCUUGAUUCAAGCUCAUGCUAGCACGCUUCCACAGCGAUUUCGUGGCACCAAGCGCCCUCGUAUGUUAGGAGGCAUUUCCAUCAGUUUGGAUGUAAAGAAAGCUUUCGACAGCCUGAGCCACUCCUUCCUCGAGGAAUCCAAGGUAGAUGCGGAAUUCACUCAACCAGAAGUGGACCUGAUUCUUCAUCUUCACAGCCAGGCAUGUCUUCAGAUAGGCCAACCCGGCCAAACCUCCGACGUUUACUUGGGCACCGGUGUCAGGCAGGGAUGUUCCUUGUCGUCACUGUUGUGGGCCUUGUCCACCGGGCGUUUCUACAAGCUGUAUCUGGCAUCUCUUCAGCAGCAAAACCUGUCAGAGGGUCUCACAAACAUGUUUGCAGAUGACGUUUUCGGCAGCUGGCUCUUUCGCGCCCCGGGGGAAUUUAAGGCAGCCCUGAGCGCCAUAGGACAAAACCGUUAUUCUAUUGGCGGCGAUAGGACCCGCAACUGCGAUUGCUACCACACCAUGGACCUCGAGGGCUUCUCCAGGGAGGAGUUGCAGGAAGCUGCAGCCGAACUCCAACACUUGCAGACGUUAGCGAUUCAGGGAGCAAACUUCGCGGCGGCCCCGAAUCAGCCUCGGCAGGCUCCCCCACAGAUGGAGACAAGCCGUCCUCCGGUCCUGGAGGUUCCCCUCACCCCAUCGGCUUCCACAAUGACGGCCACUCCCACCAGGUCGCUGGACGAGCCAGUGGGUCAUCAGGCCAAAUACACACGCCCGGAGGGAAGGGGCCGGAAGGUUCUCGUGGGCAAGAUGGCGCAACUGUUGUUGCGUCACGAAGAUUUCAUCACAGGACUUUCUCAGUCGACCUCAUGGGUUCUCUUCGAGGGGACUGCCCCUCCCCUGUCUGCGGUAGCAGCCCAAGCGCGCCUGGGACAGGAAUGGCAUCGCAUGAAACGCGACUCGCCAGAAUCCAUUCGUCAGCCAUUGAGGACCAUACUGUUCCAAACGUGGGCUGCCGAAUUGAAGGGUCGCUUGGAAGCCAUCACACAGGAACAGGCCAGCAAGCAGCAAGCACUGGGUCUUCAGGCAAUGGAGGAACCGGAUCUGUUCCCUGACAAGAAGUGGAAUGCUGCUCACCGUGCUCUCGGGAACAUUCCGGAUCGGGCGCCUCUGACGCUCAAGGAGGUUCUCACCCUCCUCGACGAGGCGAUCAUCUUGGUGACUCAGGAAGGGGUGCUGGUGAACUAUCAUGCGAAUCGUCGUCUUCAGGAGGAGAUGGCGGGACCCCCACGGUCACAUUCUCUCUAG